AUGAAGCUCCCAUACGGCAUCAACCCGUGGUGGGCUGUCUUAAGCCCUAGCGCAGCUUGGUCCAUCUCAACUCAGGGGCUGACCGACGCUACCAUCGGUAAAUCAUCUGGAGGGAAUUCAAUUUGCGCCUCGGGUUACAUCAAUAUUCCCAUCUCCGUCAAUGGCACCAAGCUCGACUAUGUCGCUCCUUCCUCGCCGAACGCAGUAACUGAGUCGAUGGUCGAGCUUUUCCAGACCACCAACAGCCUUCCUGUGACCGCACCCGACGGCACCCAGCUUAUCCAGGGUGAUUGGGAUAUAUAUGUGAAGUUUUGUUUACCUUCAUCGGCGGCCAAAGCCGCCAAGGUAAAGACUGUCCAAGUCCUAACCCACGGAGCGACACUGGAUCAUACCUACUGGGAUAUCAGUCCUGACCAUAGCUAUGUGGAUGUUGCCACUGCCGCCGGUUAUGCCACACUCUCCUACGACCAACUCGGAGUGGGCAAUUCCCAUCAUCCCGAUCCGAUCCAGGAAGUGCAAGCCAACAGCCAGGUAGCAGUAACGCAUGCCUUAACGCAGCUGCUGCGUUCCUCGAAAAUUGGAAAUUACUCUUUCCAGAACGUGGUGGGCGUCGGCCACAGCGCCGGCAGUACCUUGACCCAGGCUAUCACAACACAGUACCCAAAGGACUUUGACGCUAUUAUCCUCUCUGGAACGAGCACCAAUCAGAACUACGUCUCGCUCACUAUGGCGGCUUUCAACUUUAUCAACGCAAACUCAGAUUCUUCGGGCCGCUUUUCUUCGUUGCCUGCUGGCUACCUGACUCAAGAGACAUCAACAGGGAUUCAAUUCGCCUUUUAUCGCUAUCCUAACUACGACUCCACGGCAUUCGAACUUCAGGUUGCCGGUAAACAGACGAACACUCUCGGAGUCUUGCUGACUCUGGGUGGCCUCGUCGCCGAGGCCCCCGAUUUCACCGGGCCUGUGGACAUCAUCCUAGGGGAAAAUGACCUUGUUUUUUGUGGCGGCAACUGCUCCUAUCCGGAAAACCAGGCCUCUUUGUACACCUCCACCUAUUACCCUAAUGCUUCCUCAGGCAGUCAAUAUUAUCUGGCCGAAGGUUCUGGGCACUGCAUCGCUGCUCAUAAGAGUGCAAGCUCCAGCUUCCAGCAGAUGAUUUCAUUUUUGCAGGCAAAUGGAGUUUAUUGA